GUAUAUAAACACCUUCUUCUCAUCAACUGUUUGGUUUACAAUGGUCAGUGGUGACUCCUCACGCUCCUCCAGAGGACGUGAAAAUUCUGUUGACACAGGGCUAACGUCGUGUGGCUCUUCACGGUCGUCGUCACAGUCAUCAAGGCCCAAGAUCUACCACUGUGAUUAUGAGGGAUGCGAUAAGGUAUACUCGAGACCAAGUCUUCUGACACAACAUCAAAGAUCGCACACUGAUUCACGGCCGUUUACAUGUGAGAUAUGCUCAAGUGCGUUUUACAGGGAGUCACACUUGAAAAGACAUAUGCUAUCACAUUCGGAUGAGAAACCCUUCAAGUGCUCGGUAUGCGGGAAAGGUGUUAACACCAGACAACACCUAAAGCGUCAUGAAGUUACUCAUACAAAGUCGUUCGAAUGUGACUACGAAGGGUGUGGUGAGGCAUUCUAUAAACACCAGCAGCUGAGGCACCAUGUUCAAUCUGUUCAUUUGCAAACGCUAACAUGUAAGGAUUGUGGUAAAACGUUCCCGAGACCAUAUAGGUUGGCUAACCACAUGACAAGACACCAUGGUGCGUCGCCAGCUUAUCCGUGCGAUUACCCUGGAUGCUUAAAACACUUGAAGACUUGGUCUGCACUGCAACUGCACAUGAAGACUGACCAUCCGAAGUUGAUGUGCAUUGUUUGCGGAAAGGGAUGUGUCGGUCAAGAAGGUUUAAGAAUGCACAUGCUUGUUCAUGACGAUGAAAAAUCUCACAAAAGAUGGAAAUGCUCAGAAUGUCCUUCAGAGUUCUUGAAAAAGGAGGAGCUGUUGACACAUUGCAACGAGGUGCACAUGUUUAUACCAAACAGUGUCAAAAUCGCCGUAGCCAAGAGCGAACCUCCGGCUUCGAGGAUUCUCAGCACGGAAAAGGUGGAGACAAUGCUGUCAAAGAAGCCAGCCAUUGAAAUAUUAUUGUCAACAGUUAAAAAACCUGAUGAUGUUGUACAAUGCCACCAUAAGAACUGUUCUCGUAUGUUUAAAAGAGAUAUGGAUCUAAAGAGACACUUGACAUGGCAUGAAAAGUGUGCUGAAUUGCACGCAGCAAAGGGUUUAUUAAUGGUUUCUAGGACAUCAGAUACAAAUGGCAUCGUUUCUUCGCCCAAUCAUUCUGAUGAAAUGAUCUAGAUACAUCUAAUACAAGGGACAAUACGACGGGAAUCUUUUAUAUACUAAAGGCGUAAUAAAGAAAGUCA